ACGGACUGCUCCGGCGGUGAUUCGAGCGAUUGGAUCGAGAGAAUAUCAAGCGUGAAAAUGACCGAUGCCGUUGAACAACAACUGGAUCCUUCGGGAACUUCUCCAGACAACGCGGAGGAAACGCGCGACGGAGGCGUGCAAAGUGAAUUUCCUCUCGGGUGCACCGGAAGCCCAGAACUUCCGGAAUCGGCCAAGGAUGAAAUAUCAGAUGCGUCGAAUGACGCAGAUGAAGAACCUGUACCCACGUCAGAGAGAACCAAUUCGGGGGGCCGAGACAGCAUCAGUUUGCAACGAGUGGCCAGCGUUGAGGAAAUCAGCCGUGCGAUGGCCAAAGCGGAAAAGUCCCGGCCGAGGAGGAGACGUCAAGAAUCCGAAACCAUGCAGAAAUGGAAAGAAGAAUUCGAGGAAAGGCUCAAAAAGAAAGACGAACUCGAGUCUGAAGCUAUAGAGCAGCUCCGCAUCCAAGCAGACAACGAGAAAACGCAAUGGUACGAACAAUGGCGGAAAGAACUAGCUGAGAGACGGAAGCAACACAUGCGCGAACGAGAAGAAGCCUCCGAUCAGGUGGACGAGGACGUUUGGAUCAAAAUGAGUAGGCUGGCGAAAUCUUUAAACAGUCGGAAAAACUCACAAGAUCUCAACAGAUUGAAGGCUUUCUCAAGGCUUCUGGACGACCCUCCGAGAACCUAUGGCGCCGUCCCCAUGACAAGAUGA